UUCCAUUCCAUUCCACUUGUAAACAAACCAUCCUGUUGCCGUCUCUCUCCUCUCUUUCUCUUUCUCUCUCUUUCUGCUUGAAAUUGUACCGACAUGGCUCCUAGCAAAUGGGGUUUCUCUUCUUGACCGUACAAUUACAGACGCCUUAAUUCUCCUCCUCCUCCUACUAUUACUACGUAUUACAACAACUACUACUUCUGGCUGCAGGAACUUCCUUUAGAUUUUCAAGAAAAAGGUGUGAAUUGCUUUUGAGGUUUGCAUUUAUGAGCAUCAUGCAUACUCUAUUUUCCAAAGGAAAUGAAGGUAUUGCUCAGAAUCCUGUUGCAACAUUGUCCUCUACUGUUCCUUGGUGGAAUAGUGGCCUUGUCUCUCAGUCUGACCCUUUUGGCCAAUUGAAAUCUGCAUCUGUGGAACACUCUGAGUUGCCAAAGGGGAAUGCAACUGAGUUCACUAUUUUCUCUGCACACGUGAACAUGUUGACAGUAUCUCCUUCAGGUGAUUGGAAAUCUUCAGGAUAUGGGCAAAACCUAUCAAACAUUCAGGCUGCUGCUACCUCAGCUAAUAUGGACUAUCGAAGUCACUUUGAGCUAGGGUUUGGUCAGUCCCUGAUCUCUGCAAAAUAUUCUUACGGAGGAGAGCAAUCCGUCGGGUUAUUUUCAGCUUAUGGUCCUCAACUUUCGGGCCGUGUUAUGCUUCCAUUGAAUUUGGCCUCUGAUGAAGGCCCGAUCUUUGUAAACGCCAAGCAGUAUCAUGGGAUACUGAGGCGUCGAAAGUCCCGGGCUAAGGAAAUGGAGAAGAAAGCUCUUAAACCACGCAAGCCAUACUUGCACCUCUCUCGCCAUCUCCAUGCAAUGCGCCGACCUAGGGGCUGUGGUGGACGCUUCUUGAACACAAGGAAAAUGAAUGGAACUAUGAAGGGUGGAAAAACCAACGAUACAGUUAAGACUGGUGACGUUCACAGUUUUUACCCCACUGGAUCCCAGAAUUCUGAAGUGCUGCAGUCUGAUAGUAGCAAUUUAAGCUCACCUAAAGAAACUACUGGCAGCAGGUUCUGCCAUUUGUCAGAGGUCACUAACAUGUACUCUAGGGGAAAUCUUGAUCCUUUUCUGUUUCAGGACCUGAGACCUUCGGUCCAGGCAAUACCUGACAUGAUGAAUACUGGACAUGGUAUUCUCAUGGCCGGUAAGUGGGUUUCAGCAGCAGAUAGCUGCUGCAACCUCAAAGUUUGAUAGCCUUGGCUGAGAACGGGGUUAGGUGUCACGAGUUGUGCCUGACCUCGUCCUUGCUGCAACCUAAUGCAAAUGCAUUGGAAUUUGAUCUUACCAGCAUUUGGUUGCUUGAAGGCAUUCAUCCUUGGCUAUCAAUGGGGCAGUUCAUCCUUGGCUAGCGUUAAGGCUGCCUCUUAUUAUUCUAUUGCUAUCGAGCGACAUGGAUGGUAAAGAGGCGCUCCUUAAUGCACUUUAAUUUUCAGCACUUGUAGGAUAAAUAAACAUAUUUUGGAUAAGAUGAUGAAGACCCUGUCAAUCGGGGCUGUGAUGUUGCAGUGUGUUUGGAUUACUGUUGUGAUGUUUGUUUGUGAAAAUACAGUGAUGUAUGAUUGAACUUGAUCCAGAUAAUGUGCAAAUUGGUGUGUUUUCAGACUGGGACAAGUUAAAUGUUUAUACUGUAUUUU